GUAUAGACAGAGAGAGACAGAGCGACAGAACUCCAGCAGUCUCUCAGAUCUUUGCUGUGGCGAGGACACACAGGAGAAGUACAUUCCGGAGGCAGCAAGCGAGGAGAAGUCGCGACAUCCUUUAAAUCUUUCUGUGACCACGUCUGACUGCCUCUGACCUCUGCAGGACUCGCACGCUCCUCACAUCCUCUCACACACGAACACUCACUCGCUGCCUCACACAUCAGCCACACAACCGGCCUUGCUGCUCUGUGAGAAGUUAAGGAUUUCUCUAAGUGAGGCACAGAAAUGGGGGAAUAAACAACGACAGAGGGAAUUUAAGACUUUGAAGCAAAGAGCCUGUCAAUCGAGUCCAUACCAUGCAGUGUUGACCUAAGUCAAGCCAAGCUGAAGUGAUCUGUUUUGAAGACUGUCUUCCCCUUCACUCUGCCCUGCCUGACCCCAGAUGGAGCUCAAAGUGUGGGUGGACGGAGUGGUGCGGGUGGUUUGCGGCCUGUCUGAAGAGACAUCCUGCCAGGAUGUGGUCAUCGCUCUGGCACAAGCCAUUGGUCAGACAGGUCGUUAUGUUCUGAUCCAGCGUCUGAGGGACACGGAGAGGCAGCUACUGGCCACAGAGAGGCCCCUGGAGUCUUUGGCUAAGUUGGGUCAACACAGCAGUGAAGUUCAGUUCUUUCUGCGGCGCACUGGCCCUAGCAGCAGUGACAGCCCUGGCUCAAAACAAGACAGACCAACUCCCUUGCCCAAGCAUCCUGAGCCAGAGCCUUCAAAACAUGGCCAGCCUAAGAAAGCCCUGACCUUUAAUUUGGGGCCAUCCACCUCUCCUAGAACCAAAGUUAAACAGUUAAAGAGGUCUCCUCAGGACUCACCAGAGCAGAGAGCCUCCCCCUCCCCUUCUCCCAUCCCCAUUCCCCCUCAUGUGCCAUCCCCCUCUCCCUCACCAUCUAUAGGCAUGUCAAAAGAUGAGGUCUUUAGGAAGGUUCUUCAACAACAGGAGAGACUGAGGGCCAUUGAAGCCCAGCUAGAAGCUCUAGAGAGAGAGUCACAUAAUUGGGAGCAUUCCUACCCAUCUCCCUCUUCCUCACCGGUUUCUGACACCCAUUUGCAAGAGGAGAUAAACGCUCUGGAGCAAGCAGUACGUAGGAACCAAGCUGAGCUUGCCCACGAGCAGUACUGGGAGGUGGAGCUUCGAGCAGAGGUGGAGAAGGAGCGAGGAAUGAAGAGGAAGCUAGGGGAGCUCCAUGUGAACUUAGACGACUGUGGACGGCAGCUCCACGAGUUCUCAGUUCACUCUGCUCAGCUGGAGCAAGAGAUCCAGCGGGAAAGCCAGGGGGAAGGGAAAGCCAACAGGCCUGAGGAGUCCCUCAGUGCUGUCAAGGGAGAGCUCCAGAGCCAGGAGAAGCAGGGGGUAGAGCUGGAGGAGCAGCUUUCUGAGACUGACAAGGCCCUGGGGAAGGCGGAGUUUCUGCUGCAGGCCAAACAGGAAGAGCUGGAGGAGCUGAAUAAGGAGCUGAGGCAGUGUAACCUGCAGCAGUUUAUUCAACAGACAGGUGUCCUGCCAGCACACACCCAUUCACGCACAGAGCUUCAGGAGCAACUAGAGCAGUUGGAACUCACACAUCUUUUGCAAAAUGGACACAGGAACGGAAGCCACAAUGGAACUCCAGUGGAGUCACCGCCCCGACCCACUGCCAAACAGUUCCUGGGACAUCCACGCAACCUGCAAAACCCUCUAGUGUCGAGACUCAACCCUGAGGUCCUGACAUCCCGAGAGUCAUCAUGGAGAUAAAACAUGGACCGCAGGGCCAAGGGACACUUGUUCUGUCACUGUCUCCUCUUAUUUAAUCCCUCUGUUUGUAACUCUAGGCAUUAUUCAUUCUACCAUGAUAUACAUAAUGUAUAUACAUAAGACAAAUAUAUUUACAGAGUUUUGCUACUGUAAAUACUGCAAGUAUCUGUAUGUAAUGUGAAAUAACUUAGGAACAUCUUAUCUAGAGAGCUAUGUAUUUAAAUAUAAUAAAAAAUGUAA